AUGGGGUGGAGACCCCGUCAGUGGGGUGGAGACCCCGUCAGUGGGGUGGAGACCCCAUCAGUGGGGUGGAGACCCCGUCAGUGGGGUGGAGACCCCAGUGCAAUUGAAAAACAAAGGAACAACGCUAAGAAACUGACACACUAUGAUGACUUCACACCAAAAACAAUUACAAACAGAGAGAUUGAAAAAGAUGCGAUUAGACUUUACACAAGGGAUCUGUUUUACAAGGUUCAAGAAGAGAUAAGAGCUGGUUGUAUGGAUAUUAUCCUAUUGGGCAUGACUUGUCUGGACAAUGUGAAGAAAAUAAAGAUCCAAGAACCAGGGAAGAGAACCAGGAUUUUUGAGGUUGAACUUAACAUGGAAACACAUUUUAUUGAAUGUUCGUGCAAACUGUUCACCAGGGUUGGCUAUCUAUGUUCCCAUGCCUUUUUCUGCCUUGGUAUUUGUGGAAUUAGAACAAUACCGCGACAGUAUGUCUCAAACAGAUGGUUGAAGAACGCAGUUGAGCGUUUCAGCACUCUUGAACUUGGAGAAAUAUCUGAUAGAGAUGCAACAAUAUUAUCUAGGCGUGUGCAGACACAAGAUUGUUGGUUUGAGUUCCAAGGCUGCCUAAGCGACGCAUCUGGUAAUGCUGAUGUUUUAGAGUAUAUUAAAAACGGACUUUCUAGCAUGAGGAAACACAUAACAACAACAAUGAAGAAACCAAGAACUCGAUUAAACUCAGAGCAGAUCGAAGAAUUAAUAGAUUCUCGUGUUGUCAAUGAGAUUACAAUACAGAAUCCUAACAAAAGUAACAACAAGGGCAGCAGGAAAAGAAUCAUAUCAGGAGCAGAGAAAUCAAUUGGGUGCAACAAGAGGAAAAUGAGGAAAUGUGCAACUUGCCAGGAGUAUGCUUAUCAUGAUUCAAGGACUUGUCCUAAGAAGACUUAA